AUGGCUGAGCAUAACCAGAUCAAUAACCAGGACAGCGAAGGUCUCACUCCUCUCGCAGCACCUCCGUACUCGGGCAGCAUCCAGCCAGCUCCCUCCGAAGCUACAAGUGCUCACUCUGAGAAGCCUCCGCUUCACGGCGACUAUAAUGCAGCCCCUCCCGUCCACACCAGCGAAUCUACCAGGGCAUACCAGGGACAGCCGCACCCCGAUCAGAUCAAUGGACCCGGUGUUGGCCAGUAUCCGGUGAACUCGCCGUCGGAUGUCAAGGCGUACCCUGGUCAGCCAACUCCCCAGAUUCAACAACAGCAGGGCGCGUACAAUACAUCGCAUGGCCAGCAGACUGGCUAUGCCACGGCUACACCUUUGCAUGCGCUUCUAUCAGUACCGUGUCCGGUGGAUUGUCCAUGCUGCGGAAAACGCGAAAUGACGCGAAUUGAGGCGGUUAGUGGAACGAAGACACAUGGGUGGGCUGCUUUACUCUGUUGCUGCUGCUGUCUAGGAUGCAUUCCUUACUUGAUGUCCUCGCUUAAGGAUAUCAAUCACUACUGCGGCCAGUGUAGUGCUAAACUAGCGACUUGGCACGACAGUGGGCGUGUCGAGGUACUGCAGACCGGACAAAGGAAAUAA